AUGGCUCAAGUCCAGCGUGCCCCAAAUGACCCACGGCCGGUAGACGAUCCCAGGAUCGAUCUUUCUGCACGAAUUCGCACCAAGUCGUACUAUCUCCCCAACCUCAGACCAUACUACAAUGACUGGCCUGAUGAGAUGAACCCACACUAUGCACAGCUGAAAGAAGCUAUUGAAGCUAGAAUCAAGAAGAUCUACUCUCCAAAGAUGGCAGCUGCCCUCAUUGAUAUUGAUUAUGCACUGUUGUCUUGCAUCUGGUGGCCUCGUUGCGAGUAUAAGAGGUUAGAAGUUGGCACCUUUUGGUCUCUCUGGUUGUUCACAUGGGACGACGAGAUCGACCAAUCUACCUCAGAACUCUUCAUCAACCUUGAAAAUGCCGAUAAAUUCAGGGAUGAGACUUACCACUUUGUCCGAUAUGUCCUUGGAGUCCCCAAUGAGGAGACGGACAAAUGGCAGUUCGACAAGAACCCCCCAACACUGCCUGUCAUCGCUAGCUUAGCAGAUAUUGGCGAGGAGGUGAAGAACUUUUACAACCACGACCAGAUUAUGUGCCUCGUGGAUGAGAUUUACUACUACAUGGACAACCAACAGCGCGAGCAGCGCCGUAAGCUCACGGGUGUCAUUCCAACGCCUGCUCAGUAUAUUGAGACUAGACUGGGAACAAGCGCAGUCCAAUUGAUGUUAGCCUUGAAUGAAUAUGUCGACAAUCAAUGCAUCCCUAGGUGGAUCAUGACUCACUCCAAGAUGGCUGACAUCUGGCGUGAGACUAACUUGAACAUGUCGCUGUCCAAUGAUAUGCUCUCUCUCCGAAAAGAGAUCAAGACUGGAGAUAUUGAUAGCAUGAUUCCCGUCUUGAUGUACAACCGUAACAUGACUGUUCAAGAGGCCAUUGCGGACACCUGUGUAGAACUCAAGAAAAAUAUUGAUCGGUAUGAUGUCGCAGCCGCAGAUCUUCUCGCAAUUGUCGCGGAAAGGGAAUCAGAGUGGGUCGAGGAGGUAGACAGCUACAUUGUUGGAUGCAGACAUAACAUGAUGGGCAACCUUCUGUGGAGUCUUACGACUACACGAUAUGGCCUGGGAAAGAUCGAGCGUGAUAUUCAUGGUGGCAUGACGGUCGUGGUGAAUCACGCUGCUUGA